GUAACUUAUCUAUUCCGGAGCAUACUUGAUUCAACUCUUGGCUGUCUUGCAACAUCAAAGCUACAAGGUCGAAAGAGAUAUGAGAAAAUUGGUAAAGGUUAUUUUGCUGUUCAUUUUGACUGUAAACCACCACCAAGAGCCAAAAAAUGGAUGAUUAGUAAACUAGUGCAAGAAAUUUUUAAAAAAGAAUUUCUUGAAAAAA